GGAUCCGCCGGUCCGCCCGGCGAGCGGGGGGCGCCCGGUCCUCCGGGUCCACCGGGAGCGAGCGGACCCACCGGGGCCAUCAGCGCGGCCACAUACAACACGGUGCCAAAGAUCGCCUUCUAUGCAGGACUCAAGAAGCAACACGAGGGCUACGAGGUGCUCAAGUUCGACGACGUGGUCACCAACCUGGGCAACCACUACGACCCCGCCACCGGCAAAUUCACGUGCUCCAUACCGGGGAUUUACUUCUUCACCUAUCACGUGCUGAUGCGAGGCGGCGACGGCACCAGCAUGUGGGCCGACCUCUGCAAGAACACCCAGGUGCGAGCCAGCGCCAUUGCGCAGGACGCCGACCAGAACUACGACUAUGCCAGCAACAGCGUGGUGCUGCACCUGGAGCCCGGCGACGAGAUCUCCAUCAAGCUGGACGGUGGCAAGGCGCACGGCGGCAACAACAACAAGUACAGCACCUUCUCAGGGUUCAUGCUGUACGCCGACUGAAAACAAACCCACCGGUUCAUUCUCUCGCGCUCUCUCUCUCUCGCUCUUGCUCGCUUCCUCCCUCGCACGCUCCAUCACUCGUUGGAUUAGUAGAGACAGAGCUUCACAUCGUCCUUGUUCACCAAGCGAGCCUGCUCGGGAGAGUUUCAUGUAAUUGUUGACAUGUAGUCUGAUUGGUGUCCAACUGGAUGAGCUGUGAAGAGCUGCCAUGUUGUACUGUAGCUGCUGCCGUAUUGUAUAACAUGCUACACAUGUGUCUCUUGAACCCUAAUGAUACACAACAGUCAUACACUCGAGAAGGCAUUCCCCGUAGCACCCUUGGAUCUGUUUUAAUCCCACUCAAAUUCAUUCGUUCGGGAGUCCUCAUCGAAAGGUCAAUGCCUUUUAAUUUGGGGCUAUGAAAGUUCAGCAAAAAUAAUUCCACCUGUUGCUGAACCUAGCCCUUUAUACAUAAAUAUAUCACAUAUCAUAUUAUUUUUAUUGUGAACAUCGGAUGUGCAAGAGAACAAAAUUAGGGCGGAUUCAGAAUCAGUGCAAAAACAUUCAUCAAAUUCAUUUGCAUGACUGAUUAACCCUUUCGGGGACAGAGGUUACUACAGUGGGCAGUUUAUCAGGUUAUCAUUAUUCGUGCAUGAAAGGGUUAAAAAAAACGUAAACAUUUGAUAACCAGUAUAAUCGAUAAUGUGCAGCCAUUUUGACCAUGACGUCAGCAUGGCACCUCAGGGGUGAUAUGACCUCCCAGGGCGGCUCACCUUGUUCCCAAAGUGAAUCAAAGUGAUUUCUAGCAAUUAUGAAGGUCAUUUACUGGCAUCUUAUGAGCACCGAGAUGACAUUGAGGGCUUGCAGGUUCAAAAUCAGUAACAGGAUGUCCACAGUUUAUGACGGAGUUCCGUUCCUACACCAAAUUUGCAUAUAAUUAAGGUAAAUACGUGUAUGGACAUUUUUGUAUCGUAACCCUUUCAUUCACCAAUAAUGAUAACCUGUAACCUGAUAACAUGAUCGGUUGCCCACUGUAGUUACCGCUGUCCCUGAAAUAUAAAACAUUCAAAUGAAAAUUAGUAUGUGCAGCUUUGACGUAUUCUUACGCUGUCGCACAAAUGAGUUCAUUGCGCCAUGUUCGUAUCGUCACAACCGUAGGUCAAUACCAAAGUACAGCCAUCCCCCGUGAAGACCGAAAACCUGCGAGCAACUGACGCCACCAUUAAAAGGUUUAUAACUGCCUACAAUGACACAAGAUUGUGCCAAAGUAUGACUUUUCUAUUAGACAAGCCUUUGUCCUGUCUAAUAAAAGCUCCUCCCCUUGUCACAAGAUGGGGCCAAAGCACACAUUUUUCAUUGGAUAUGGGUUUGACAUCAUCUGAUGGCAUCUUAGAAAGUCCAGGGAGAAAAUAAAACAGUGAGUAGAUGAUUUUUUGUGAAUAAUUUAGGAUAAGUUAAAAAAAAAGAGCACCAAGGAUUUUCCCACCUGGCCCUACUCAUUCAGCAUACGCCAAACCUUUGUGUUUCCAUUCUUGCUACCAAUAAGAGAAGAGUCCGAACGCAGUGGAUCACUGAUUAUUUUUUUUCCGAGUGAGAAAAGAAACAGACCAAACCAACGCCAAGCGGCAUACUCUGUGUCAAUCUGUGUUUUUAUUUGGAGGAAAGAAAAAAAAAUUGCAUUUUGAAGCAAUCUGGAGUGACGCAUGAUUCGCAAAAAAAGCUGCCAUCUUGAAAUCAAAACCGCCAUUUUUCUCGUCCAACAUGACAGUUGGUCGGGCAGCCCCGCUGGCAAAGCAGUUCAUCAGCACAUGUGACAGCAACAUGUCCUUGACCCCCCCCUGGUGACACGCCACCCGCUGUCAACCUCCCCCACACCACUCUUCCCCCCCCACCCUUGAAUAUGAAUAUCAUAUAUAAUUUACAGUUUUAAUCCUCCCGCAACAUUCAUCAAAAGUUUGGCCUGGACCGCGGCGGCCAUUGAUCAUGGCGUGAAUUCACCCUGUGAGGCCACCUGUUCCCAGACGAGAGAGGCGAGCGCGUCCUUCAUCUGGGCCCUCCCCGUUAAGACGCGCCGUCGAGGGGUCGACUCGUUUGCUGCCGCCGACGUGAGGUCGGGCGUGGCAUACUGAUGAGCCGCGUGCUCGUUAGGAAGCGGCGGCGACACUAAACACGCGUGUGCUUCUGUAACACGGACUGGAAGGUGUUUUGGAGUUUCCGUGUGGCUGCCGGUGAAGGAAUGCUGACGGCGAAUGACACUCAAUGUAUGUAAUCCUAAUAUGAAAUAAAUUCAAGUGAGUCUCUAUG